AUAACCACUGAAGCUUUUAUGUCCGUUCAGGCCGCCAUACUCACGUCUGUGUAGCAGUUUCCACUUGCACGAAGCCGAAGGUACCGACAAGUCCUAACCAGGUCUAGGAUGGCAUCAGCAGUGAUCUCCGUGCCCACCACCGCCUCACGCUUCGCCCUGCUGCAGGUCGACUCUGAUUCGGACUCAGAUUCAGAUGUAGGAAAGCCGAAGGCGGCGGGUCGAGGAGCAGGGAAGCCCCGGUCGGGGAAAUCGCCUAGCGGGAAGAACAGCCAAAAUAACGAGAAAAAGAAGGAAAAGAGGAGACGGAAGAAGGAACAGCAGCAGAGUGAAGCUAAUGAGCUCAGGAGUCUUGCUUUUAAGAAGAUCCCUCAGAAGUCGACAGCGCCUCCUUCACUCACGCUCCAGGAUUUAGCGAAUGAUCUGAUCAAUCCGGCAAAUGUCCAGCAAGGCUCCAAACCGCAGGAAAACUGGCAGGAGUGGAAGCAGAGAGAUGAACAGCUGACCAGUGACCUGUAUGAGGCGGAUCUGGAAAAGGCCUUGAUGCUAAGUAAAUUGGAGUUUGAGGAACAUAAAAAGGAUGCUGACAAAGCUGAGACGGCGUCACCAAAGACGAAGACUGGUGGAAAGAAGGACAGGAAGAAGAACCAGCAGGGGAAGGACAAACGUGUCACCGUGUCUCUGAAAGACUUCCAGCAGGAGGAUCAGCUGAAGAACAAGCCUGAGCGAGAGCCUGUAAAUCCAGCGCUCCGCGAUGACAAGUUCUUUAACAAGCUAGAGGAUGACGUGAGUAAAAUCGUCCAGCGCGACAAACGCAGAGAGCAGUACAGCAACAGCGCCGGGCAGGAGGUCAACACGUCCUCAGAGCACGAGCAGGAUGUGAGAACUGAGCAGCUGAAAUACGAACUGGAGAAGAAAGACCAGGAAAUCGCAAAGUUGAAAAAGACAAUUUCACAAUGGGAGGAAAGAUAUAAGGAAGUCAAGGCCAGAAAUUCCCAGCUAUUGAAAAUGCUUCAGCAAGGAGAAAUGAAGGACAAAGCUGAAAUUCUGCUGCAGGUGGAGGAGCUGCUCAACAUUAAAGAGGAGUUGUCCUCACAGGUUACACAAUUACACACAGCUCUGGAGCAGGAGAGAUCGAAAGUGAAGGGCUUACAGUCAGAACAACCCAAACAUCAGGGGAACCGGAAGGGUAAAAAAGCCUCAGAAGGGGAUGUAUGAACCGCAUGUUAAAGGACAGACAGCUUGAAUGUUCCACCUCCUCCAUCAAGCUGCUGGAAUCUGUAAUAUCUGUUCAAAACACCACUCACUCACUCCUAAUCAGACUACCACAAUCAUCCACACACAUUUUGUGUUCGUAUUCCUGCUUGUUGCUGCAUAGUUCGGUCCUGAAAACAGCAGAUGUUUUUUUUUUUUUUAGAAUUCGGACACUCAUCAUUGCUGUACAGUAAAUCUGCUGAUCUGUGCACCAUGACUGAACGGCCAACAAUCUUAAGUUCUUUUCAAUAAAGAUGCUAAUCUACUUUU